GGCGUGGUGGUGGUAGUGGUGGUGCAGGUGGUGGUAGCGGGGGAAUGGGGAGAGGGGGAGGAUGGUGGUGACGUGAGUCAGAGGGAGCACACCUGCCGCAGGUGGGCUACAGCGAAGCAGUCAUCACAGUGGAGGCAAAACAAGAGUGGCCGCCACACUCAGUGCCGGCGCUGCUUUGCUACUGGACGGAAUGUAUCUAAACUGUGCUGCCUCGUGAGGAUACGUGCAUUUAGUGACGUUCACUGCGUGACUUUUAGAAUACACCGAAACACAAAGUACUGCAGGUUUAUGUGCUAAUUUACGCCUCGGUGAUGUCAUGUGUGACGGCUAGUGUGUAGUAAGAUAUCAUACGUGGAGGUUGUGCGUCACCUGUGUGUGGAACGUUAUAACAGAGCGCUAUAUUUCACCACAUGGACAGUGUACCACGAGGCUAGGAGCAUGGACCUUACAUAGACGAAGAACUUUGAAACACUCCAGCUACGUCGUAUCAGCAACUACACUGCGAAAGAUGACGCCACAAGCGAGAAGGAGCAGAGUGGUGGCGGCAGCGGCAGCUGUGGCGGUGGUGCUCGCGUGCUGUGUAACGGCGGCGGCGGGGCAAGCAGAAGACGCGAUCGACGGUGCCACGACCACGACCAAGGAAGAUAUCACGCAAGUCAUCCCCGGCGAGAACGAAACUGCUGACGACGAGGUGACAACUGCACCGGAGAGUGAUGGAAACACGAACACAGAGCCACCAGAGACAUCAUCAACGACGACCACCACCACCACCACCGCCGCUACCACCACAACCACCACUACCACACCGGCCACAGUUGAGGAAACGAAGACCACCCUGGCCCCACUGACCCCGGCCAUCACAGAGGAGGCAAACACCACCACUACGCAGCCAACACCCGCGCCCACUACCCACGCCACUCAGGCACCAUCAGCUAACACCACGAUCACAACCGCUGCGACCUGCGGGGUGAACGCUGACCUCCAGGAAGCGGAAUGCGUGUGCCGGCUAGGUUGGAUCCGCGACCCUGCCGACCCCGCAUCGCCUUGCAUCUGCCCUGAUCUUUGCCAGACCAAGAACUGUCCUGUGGAGGGCUCAUGCCGCCAAGUGACCUGCCACCUGGCCACCUGCAUUUGCCCUGACAACCUGGUGUACCGCGCCUCCACCUCCUCUUGUAUUAGCCCCUGUCAGCUGUACGGCGACGCGGUGUGCGGGCCGAGCUCAGGCUGGAGGUGUCGGGGAGAAGACGAAGGAGGAAGCUUCACCUGUCAGUGUGCCGAGGGUUACAAGCUGCUGGAGGGCGAGUGUCUAGAUAUUGACGAGUGUGUUAGCGAGAGCGGCUUCCCAUGCGUCCCCAAUGAGCAGUGCGUCAACUCGGACGGCAGUUAUUCGUGUGCCUGCCAGGAGGGCUUCCUCAGGGUGGCAAACGGCUCUUGCGUCAAUAUGAACGAGUGCCUCAACCCACGCCUGCAUAAUUGUGAUCACGUGUGCCAUGACGACAACCCUCCCACACGCUACACCUGUGACUGUUUUGCGGGUCACACCUGGAAUAACACUCUCCAACGGUGUGUCCUCGACGAUCCAGCAACUUCGUGUGAGUGCGGCCCUGCGGAGAGGAGCGUGUGCUUCCGGGCCCUGGAGAGUGAGAAGGAGCAAUGUUUCGCGAGGCCAGGAUUCACAAAGAACGGCACUGCCUUCAUCGAUGCGUCAGAGUGCGGGGAGCCGAGCAGCGAGCGGGCGUGGUGCUGGGCGCGGGGCCAGUGUGUGGAGGGCGUGGGUGGCUCAAAGUGUGUGUGCGCCAAAGGCUUCACCCGCCCACCUCACACCGCCGAUUGCGUGCGUGCGUCGUGCCCCGAGGGAAUGCUGCUGGCCGGCUCGGAGUGUGUCGACCCAUGUUCGUCCGUGGCCUGUCCCCCGCCCCUCACCUGCCGGGUGCAUGGAGACGAGGCCAGCUGCAUGUGUCUGAGUCGGUGCCUCAGCCUCCAGCAGCCUGAGAGCAACUCCAGCGUGUAUCACGGCUCGUUGCUCGUCCACGCUGUGUCUCAGGACUUUGACAUAUCGGGCCGAGUCGUGAGAGCUCUGGAGGAUUACUUCGGGCUGAACACCGUCGAGGUAAUGUCCGUCACAAAAAUAAAUUCCACGGAGCUUCCAGACUCUCAGCAGAUCAACGUGAGCGUAGAGUUCGCGUUAGUAGUCCCGCAGCCUAACAUAUCGCGAGAACUGCCAGAGGUGAUCAAGAGUGUGUGUCGGAGCGUGGAGGGCCGCCCCGCCCUGUGUGUGCUGCCGGGUGGCCUGCUGCUGGUCCAGGACUCCAUCACCUCCAUGGACAAAGACCCGUGUGAUGAUGAUCCUUGUCCGACUGGGCAACACUUCACCUGUAGAGUUAAGCCAAACGUGACAGGUCGCUUCGUCUGUGACUGUGCUCAUGGUUUCUACAAAGUGGACAUUGCUAACUCCUUAGGAUACUGCCAAGACGUGGACGAGUGUGAGGGUGAGGAGCAA